AUGUAUAAAAAACGGGUUUUGGGUGCUCCGGAUACAGAGCUCACCUCGGGCGCUUCUAUGGAUGUUCCAAAUACGCCGUUUUUGUCCUCUCCUCAGUCCUCUUCAUGUUCUUCACCCUUGGCUGACUGCGAUAUCCUACAGUGUCCCAUUUGCACAGAGUCUAUGGUUACACUUAACCAAUUGAAUAGGCAUCUUGAUGACGAGCAUGCAAUUUCCUCAUUUGGCUCUUCGGAAACAAAUUCACAGAUUGAAUUGGAUUUUAAACACUGGUUCAAAAGAACACUGGCAACAAAAGUUGAUGAUGUUGUGGGGAGAUCCUUACACCAAAACUUUCCUAAACAACUGCGUGAUGCUCCACAGAAUUCAUCCCUCAUUGACAGUAACGCUGAUGACGAGACACAAAAACUCGCUUUUGAAAGCUCGUCAGUUAUACCACGAGAUCAUUGGCAAAAGCCUACUGGGUCUGAUACAUGCAGCUACAAUUUGUGUUCUAAUAGGCUGAAUGGAAAAAAUGGCAUGGUGAACUGUCGAAAGUGUGGACGACUGUUUUGCGGGCUUCAUUCUAGGUUUCGCAUCAAGCUCGAUUCCAGUUUACAUUCUGAUCCUACAAAUGGCUACUGGAGUCGGUGCUGUCAAGAAUGCUUCUUCAGCUACAAGCCAGGAUGGGAUUUGGCUAAAUCGGAGAACUGUGCUUUUUUCGCGGAUAGGUCUUCAAGCCUGAAAAGCAUUCGUUCGAAAAAGCUUGAUUCUGUGAAGUUAGAGACAGUCGCUUUGGAAAAUAGAUGCAUCAGAUUAGUGGAAGUUUUCAAAGAUAUCGAGAACAACAAUAUUCCAGCGCGGAAUCUGCGUUCGAUCGAACGAAAUAUUGCCAAUUGGGUGGAUGAUGCCGAGAUUAACAGCUGCAACAUUUGCAGAACGGAAUUCAAUUUCUGGAAUCGCAAACAUCAUUGUAGGAUUUGCGGACAAGUUGUUUGUGGGGAUUCUUUUCGAGGUUGCUCUAUGGACGUACCAGCAAAUAUGGUUGUUGACAUUAUGAAUAUUGAUCAAGAAAUCAAGUUGGAAAAGCUUCAAAACUCAUAUUGGUCCAUUCGCAUGUGUUUGAACUGCAAACAAAAGUUGUUCAACAAAAGGCUAUACCUCAAAAGUGCAUAUUCUGAUACACACUCUGAUCUAUUGCAAUGCUAUAGACAAGUUAAGGCUUUAGAAGCCAAAUUUGAAAACAGUAUACACUCUUCAGAUAAGGAAGUUGAGCUAAAAAAUAUUGACUUACUGGGACGCGUGGAGAAGAUUGGAAAGCUCGUGUCCAAUAAAAUAAGUGCUUUGGAAUACGGCCUAGAGCAUAAUCAAUCAAAACCAGGAUCGAUAUCGGUCAGGCCUGAUGAACUGAAACUAUACAAGGCCUUGAAACUUCAUAUUGUGAUGUUUUUACAAGACAAUCUUCCUGAAUUGCGCAGAGCACAACAAGAGAAAUUGAAAAAAGAGCAAAAAGAGCUCGCCCAGCAAACGGGAAUCAAUAAGUAUAGACCUAGAUUGCUGAAGAAAGAAAUUAGGGAAUACAGAGAAAAACUGAUGGUUUUGAAUGAGCAAAAGUUCAUGGUGCAAAACAUGUACAACGACCAUAAAAAACGAAAGAAAUUCGAUGAUCUUAUAUCGCUCGAAACUAACUUGGAAGAUCUGCAACGCGAAAUUGACAUCAUUGAAGAAAAGCUGGGCGACAGUGCAUUUCAAUAA